AUGUGGUCAGCGCUGGGAGGCUUUGUUGAUGGGUUGACUGGUGGUGGUGUUUGUGGGAUGGUGGUCAUUGUUCCUAAUUCUUUACAGGACUCUCAGUCUGAUUUGGAGGUGAUCUUAGAGUUCCUAGAGGAGUACUACAGGCAAAACGCUGGGGACAAUGUGGACAAGGUGAACUGGGCUGCAGGUGAGCCAGUAGAUGAAAGAAGUGCACCUGUGGAUGAGUCAAGCGAGCAGCGCUGGAUCUGUGUCUCUUCAUCAUUUCCUCUAUCACAGAUCAUCAAACCUGCACUUCAGCCUCUGCUGGCACACGACGCCCUGUCACCUCUCAGCCAGAACACAACAGCAACAUUGUGUGAGCAUGGGUCACUGCCAAACUUUGUAUCAACAAGACAACCAACCAAACACACAGUGGGGAGUGGUGGAAAAGUGCGACUCUUUCACUUUCUGUUUGAGAUGCUGGAGGAUCCAAACAUGGCCCACUGUGUGUCCUGGGUGCCAGCAGCAACCGGUGUUUUCCGCUUCUCUUCCACGAACAAGGACCAGGUGGCAGCGCUGUGGGGGCAGAGAAAGGGCAACAAGAGGCCCAUGACUUACCAGAAGAUGUCCCGCGCCUUGAGGAACUACGCCCGGUCCGGAGAGAUCUUCAAGGUGAAGAAGAAGCUCACCUAUCAGUUCAGCAAAGAGACACUGAUGUUACUGCAGAAGUGUCAGCGAGGAGAUUUGUAA